AUGUACCAAUUGGAAUUUAAGCAGAUGAACAUAAACAGUGCCAAUAAUAAGUUGGCUGGAGAAGCGGGAUUUCUGGCGGCAGUCGCGAAGGCGGCGCCGCGCUGUGCUGCUGUGGCUCACUGGCACUGCUUGUGGCUGGUGGGGAGCGUGGGCAGCGUAGAGGCUCAGCGCAGCCCGCUUGGCUGGGCAAUGGGUAGCUCUCAGAGGCUAGCGGCCGUAGCAGCCAUUUCCCAUUCGAGGAAUUAUUACAAUCACACACAGUCACAGGUAUCGCCAGCCGAAGUGACACACUACACGCGUGCGACGGCCGAGACGCUCAGGGGGCCUACCGCCUAUGGUUUGGCUAUUGCUAUAGCUUUUGAUUUCAUUUUGUUAUUUCUGAACGCCGAAGGCAAAGCAAUCCCAAUAGGCGGUAGGCCCCCCGAUUCCGGCACCGACGACGUCCGAACACAGAACGGUGUAGCUGCGACACUGUGUGGCGUAUUAGUAGCGGUGUGUGCGGCUUGCUGGCGACGAUCGCCGGCCUCUGACAAGCCGGAGGAGGCGCCCGACUGCCGCGGCGUCUACACCGUCAGUGCCGACGCUACGCUUGUACAGGUACACUCUACAAAGAUGCAUCGAAAACAGUUUCAUCCGUCAUUCAGGCUGUCGAACUUCUGGCUCCGUCCAUUUGAUACUACGAGUAUGUCUAUGAACGUGUGCUCUUUUAGCGCCGAAAAUACGCACGCCCAUUUUAGAGAAAUAGGUAGACGAAGCUUCGUCAGGCAGGCGAGGGAACGGGUAAAUCCUUAUGGAUACCCUACAGUCGGCUGCAAGGUUAUGCCAGACCCUUACUGA